UGUAUACACAGAGAGGAAAUUCCGGGUUUGAGGAGGCACAUAUAGUGUGGUUGAAAGUUUGUCCAGUAGUCAGUCGGAUGGGAGGACCGAACAUCUGAUGGUGUCAAUAUAGAUCGGACAAUGUGGUCGUCACAUUAUUAUGUCCUGCUGUUCAGCCUUGCCUUGGUCACUGUCGUGGACUGCUGUGGCAGAGGCAGACGUAGAAGACCACGCCCUCCAGUGAACCGCUCUCCAAGUAUCUCUUGUCCCUACAUCGGCGACGUCAGGGCACCGGCGUCGAAGACGUCGGCGUUUGUGACAUGGGGGAGUCCAUCUGUCAGCGACGACCACGGCGGAUGGAGGGUCAGUCAGAAGAGUGGGAGGUCGCCGGGUUCCAUGUUCCCUGAAGGGACCCACCAUGUCGUCUACCAGGUGGUCGACAGAGGCGGACUUACUGCAGUUUGCACCCGUACCUUCACCGUAAGAGUUACCAGAUGCAGAAGUCACUCGCGUCCACGUAAUGGUCAGAUGAACUGCGAUCGCUUGGACAACAUCUACGGCACGACCUGCAGGUUCUCAUGCGACUUCGGCUACUAUCGGGACGGGAUGGCUUCAUCGACAUGCCAGUCAAACGGCAAGAACCAGUACAGAACCCCGACGUGCAAAAAGAAGAGUUGCGGUUCUCUGGAGAUGCCCCCAAACAGCCUGUCCACCAUCUGCACCGACGGUAACUACUAUGGCAGUGUGUGCACCCUCAUGUGUGACUCGAAGAACGGCUACACACCGAGGUACCUCAACUUGGCCACCUGUCUGGGUACCUCAGUCUGGCGCUACCACAACUGGGAAUGUCCAGAUACGGAGAAGCCGAAAAUCUUGAAUUGUCCAGACGGGGAAAUAAAGACGUCCAACUCAAGCUACGUCUGGGCGACAAUCAGAGCCACUGACAACUCGGGCAAAGUCACCCUGACACAGACAGCAGGUCAAGAGCCAGGGUCAGUGCUCGUGGAAGACAUUCAAAUCAUCGUGUUCGAGGCUGUUGACCCUUCCGGGAACACUGCUCCCCCAUGCAAAUUCGGUCUCACUUAUGAAGAACCGUCGUGUGCCGCCCCGGUCUCCGGAGGUGAGGAGUACGACCCAGUGUUCAGUUGCCCGUCUACCAGGCUCACCGUCGGGACGUCGUGUAGCGCCACCUGCCGUCACAGUCGCGUUGUGGGCGCCAAGUAUAUCCGAUGCGAGAGAAGCGACAGCGUCAUCCCUGCCUCCACCUGGAAGGGUUUCCGUGAUGCAUACCCAACAUGUCACAAAAAGGCCUGCCCAGAUCUUAACUCACCAAUCAACGGCGCUUUAGCUUGUGACAAGUUUUUCGGCGGGGAGACGUGUCAGAUCCAGUGCAACAUUGACUACGACGUGCCGGAACAUAUGACAAGCGUGAAAACACUCGUUUGUGGGUCUCGUGGUACUUGGCAGCCUAUCUCUGAAACUCCGGAUUGUACCGCUCUGAAGUUUCCAGACACCUCCAAACUUCCAUCUGAACUGUACUACUACAUCGGGGACUGCUCCGACAACGGCACCAACUUUGAAAUACGCGAAGCGUUCCUAAAGAGCUUGACUGAUGCAGCAGUCUAUGACUGCCAGGACGGAAGAUGUCUGGUCGAGGACGUUGACGUGACAUGUGGUCCGGUAAAGGACAUAGAUGAUGGACUUGGUUUGGGUAACGACGACGAAUACUACUACUACGACGAAUACAACGACGGAGAGGCAGGCGACUACGAAGUUGUUGAUGGCACUGAUGAAGAAACUGACGAAACUCAGAACGGAAAUCUUGAUCGGAUCUACAGACGAAGGAGAGCUGUUGAAGACGUUCCUAUUACCACUGUGGUUUGGACCACUGAAGCUCCUGACAGGGAAGAAGAACGCCGUGUCCAGGAUGAAGAGAAAGGGUCAGGCACUGUGAGGAGACGGAGGAAACCAAUAUAUCAGACAAGCAUUAAAUUCAACUGGGUCUUCAGGAACACCUCCAGUCCUCAAACUCAGGAGGAGGUAACCGAAUUUGUGGACAAAGCGCUGAGUUCACUACGGUUGUCGAUGCAAGGCAAGAGACAGGCUAGGUUUGUCGAGAGAUCCAGGGGUAACCUCACCUUCGAAUGCGGCCUAGGAAAAGUAUUUGCCAACAGCUCGGAAUUACUUUGUGUCGCUUGUCCACGUGGGACGUUCCACAACCAGGAAGUGGACAUUUGUGAGGCGUGUCCUGUCCACACCUACUCCGACACCAGUGGUCAGACAAGGUGCACUCCGUGUGGUCAGAUGAAGGGUAACAAAAACAAUGGAAGUAAAUCUAACCUGGACUGUAUCGACAAGUGCCAGCCAGGGCAUUAUUCCGCGACGGGACUUUCGCCCUGCACCCCUUGUCCACUUGGUAAAAUCCAGCCGGAACCAUUUAGCACACAGUGCAUUCCCUGUCCAUCGGAUUCGUCCACUGCCACUAUGGGGAGUUCAAGUUACGAUGAAUGUGUCGCGUUCGAUGCGAUGGUUAACGGACCGGUUGAGUUGCGUCUGGGUCCAGUUAUUCACGACUGGUCGGAAGACGUAACGCUGACAUUCUGGCUUCGAACUUUGCCUCCAGGCGAAAAGAACCCUAAUGUUUCAUUUGUCUUCAGCCAUCCCACGAGAGGUCAUCAAAUGACGUUAGAACUUUCACAUCAAACAAAUGUCGUCAUGAGAAACCGCCAGGUGCCAGUGCAUACCAAUGUUCCCCAGGAUCUGUGGACACAUGUAGCUCUGGUGUGGAAAGGCUAUCCUAGUUUCGUGGACAUCUACAGAGCUGGCAGCAGGGUGACGCAUUACGGCGACCACACCCCUCUCUGCUUUGUCCCAAGGGAUACCGAGCUCUCUAUCCUCAUAGGGGAUGGGACAGGUGUCACUCUGAGGGAAUUAUUCGUUCUACCGCUGAGCAACUCAUCUGAUCUUAUAUCACGUUUGUCCAAAUCAUGCUCAUCCGAGGCCGUCGGCUUUGAAUCUCUCAUGAGUAAAGUUGUCUCGUUGGAUCCUUCCAAAAUCAGCAUGGUUGUGCCCAGUGUGUGUUCUGAAAUCAAUCGGUGUGAACCAAACCCCUGUAACAGCCAUUUCUGUCGGUCAUUCAAAUAUGGCGCCGAGUGUACGUGCAAGGGACACUACUCUGGUCCGACGUGCGAAAUCCCUCCGGAUUACUGUGUUGUUGCCAACGAGUGCCAGAAUGACGCCCAGUGUCAGAAUAUAGAGGGAGGGGUCAACUGUACCUGCACUGACAACUUCAAGGGGCGAUACUGUCAAGUACCAAUAGUUCAUGGUAACUGGGGAGAUUGGUCUUCGUGGUCAUCUUGCUCUGUGACCUGCAACGGAGGUGAAAGAUCAAGGUCAAGGAAGUGUGACGACCCUGCUCCAGAGCCAGGUCUAGGAAAGCCAUGUAAUGGAUCAUCCGUUAAGAAAUCCGUCUGCAGCCUCAACGCCUGCCCGGAGUGCAGGCAGUCGCAGCUGACGGUCGGCAAUGGCGCCAGCGCGAGUUGCGCCAGCGAUGAAAACAAAGGACUCAUGAACUGCUCCGUGUCAUGUGACCAAGGUCUGGUGUUCCAGGAAGAGCCGCCAUCUUAUACUUGCAAAGAGGAAUUAUGGGUACCAGGCAGGAAAACCAUUUCCUGCGUUGAGUUCCGGAUCCCAAAUGAUGUGGCGUUUGACUACACCGUACCCUACAAGACACGAGUUGGCGCAAACAUGACUGAAGAUCUGGUCGUCAUCCAAGACAAGAUGGCUGACUGUGCGAACCAGACUUCCUGUGUCCAGGACGAGGCUUGUCAGUACGCCGUUACCGUGGAGACGUGUCGUCGUGAGGCUGGAGGAUGUUCGAAUAUUCCAGAAGGAUACACAGCUACAAUUAAAUUCACCGUCGAUGUUGUUGCCAGUAACUGGAGCGUUUUGAUCUCCAAGAAUAACCUGGCCGAAGCCUGGUCCACCUUGAACAAUACCUUUGAAGAACUGGAGGAGAUCUACGAGGACUGUUUCCUGGUUCGGCUGACCGAUGGUCAAGUGAAACCUGGAACCUCAGUCGUGGACAGUGACCUGUCUUGUCCAGUAGGGUCAGUUCCAGAUCAAGGCUAUUGCACCACGUGUGCCCCGGGCACGAUAUACAACAACGGCACGUGCUCCCAGUGUGAGCGAGGCUGGUACCAGGAGGCCACUGGGGAGUCACAAUGUGACAUGUGUCCAGCUGCCUACAAUACUGAAUACAUGGGGUCGAGUUUCAGGUCGGAAUGUCUUGCUCCUCCUGCUGAUGCCUUCAUGCUUCUCACUGACCCCAUCACUGGCCACAUCUGGUCAGUCAACAUGUCCGACUUCACACUGAAGCCUGUGGCCUUGCCGGACAACGUGAGACUGGGGUCAUCUGGAUAUGACCCUGUAACGAACCACAUCUUCUAUGCUGACAAAUAUAGACCUGCAAUACACAGUGUUGGGCCCACACACAGCAAGACGUACAUGAAGCUCAACUGGGCCGCGACUGUCGACGGCUUGGCGAUAGAUCCCAUAUCAAGACUCAUAUUCUACACCGACAGGGGUAAUGACGUCAUUGGAGUGGUUACCAUGGCAACCAGACAUCAUAAAGUCAUCAUAAGGGAAAAUACCCACAUGCCUCGGCAUAUCGAGGUGGAUCCUGUAAACGGGGUGAUGUAUUGGAUAGACUGGGGAAAGGACAACAAGAUAGAGCGAGCCAACUAUGACGGGUCAGACCGACGUGUUCUUGUCAAGUCCGCAUGGCCAGAGGGGCUAUCACUGGACAGAGAAGCCAGCAGAAUCUACUGGGGGGAUGCAGGGUCAAAGACUCUGAACGUGAUGGACGUGGAUGGUGACAACAUGGCCACCCUCCUUACGACGUCUCACCACCUCUCCGCCAUCACGGUGUUCCAAGAUUACCUCUUCUACUCAGUCAUCGAACCUAAUUCAAGCAGCGCAAUGAUGCGAGUCAACACUGACGGGUCUGGCAGGGGUGGGACAGGGUUACCUCCCUUCCGUUACCUCUCGGAUGUUCACGCCUACAUGAAGAGCGACUACAAAAUGGCAACUAACGGGUGUUCGAAGAACAAUGGCGGCUGUUCUUUUAUGUGCUUCCCUCGACCCAAUGGCGAGAGAGUCUGCGCAUGUCCGGAAGAACACAUUAUGGAUGAAAAUGAGACUGGCUGCAAGAAAAAGGUGAGCCAGUCGUGGUGGUGGGACGUGUGGAUGCGCCCUCGACGUCAGAGAAGCGUGAGACAAAUACUGCGACCACGUCAUGGAGUCUAGAACUACAGCGUAUCAGGAAGAAUAACCACCGCUGGAGAAGAAACAUACAGAGCGAACAGCAUCAUGAACAUUUUUAGUGCUAUUUUGUUGUAUAGAGGAAAGAUCAGGAAUUAUUACCGGUGCAACAGGAGAUAAUGAACUGUGUAUUAAAGCUACGCCGGACAUUGCACGCUGCAGCACUGUUUGGGGUAGUAGCUGUUCGUCCGGUAUUUACUCUCAGCUUACAUGACAAUCAUAAUCAGGGACCUUUUCUGUCCUCAAUAUUAGGGAAUAAGAUGAUUUUGUACAUACAUGUAUAUCUUGUUUCUUAGAAAAUUUCAGUCUAAGUAAACUUACGCUCAGCA